AUGUUCGCCGUCCCAGGGUGGUCCGUCUCGAACGAUGCUCUGAAAACUCAAACUGAGCAACCUAAGCCCAAGUCCGAUGACAAGUCUGACAACAAGCGCAAGCGAGGAAAUGAUCAUGUCACCAAGAAGAAUGUGGAUGCGAUGUACCGUCAGCACAUUGAAGGUCGCAAGAGAGCUCCUCAACAAGGAAAGGACAAGAAGGAACCUAACGAGAACAAGGAAAAGAAGCCACAGCAACAAUACGAUGCGGAUGAUGCAACGGGUCCAGAUGGAAAUGAGGGAACCAAGCCCAGCAAGAAGCAAAAGAAGAACAACAAGAACAAGCCCGAGCAACCUCAAGAAAAUGCCGACAAGCAAGCCACUUUGAAUAAGACCUCGGCAGCGACUGAAUCUCUGCCUGUGGCACUGCCGGUGACGGAAGCGAAGCUUACACCUCUCCAGCAAGCCAUGCGGCAAAAGUUGAUUUCUUCGCGUUUCCGCCAUCUGAACGAGACCCUUUACACAACUCCAUCUGCUCAAGCCCUGGAACUUUUCUCCUCGAACCCCGAACUCUUCAACGAAUACCAUGCUGGGUUCUCUCGCCAAGUGCAGGAAUCCUGGCCGUCCAACCCGGUCGACGGGUACAUCAAAGCAAUCCGGGCCAGAGGAGCCAUGUCUGACAAGAAAGGCAAGUUCGACAAGAAACGGGCUCAACAAGGGCCCUCUCUUCCUCGCCGUCCAAAUGGAACCAGCACAAUUGCUGAUAUGGGCUGUGGUGAUGCCCAGCUCGCCCGCUCGCUUACCCCGUCGGCGGACAAGCUUAAGCUCAAGCUUCUCAGUUACGAUUUGCACAACGCCAACGAAUACAUUACCAAAGCAGACGUCAGCAACCUACCUGUCAAGGAUGGUUCAGUCGAUAUCGCCAUCUUCUGUCUGAGUUUGAUGGGAACCAACUGGGUAUCUUUCGUUGAAGAGGCAUGGAGAGUGCUGCGCGGUGACGGCAAGGGUGAAUGCUGGGUAAGUGAGGUCAAGAGUCGUUUCGGAAAGGUAGUUCGCAAAAAAGGCUCGAUCGGCACCAAGAAGCCACUCAGCAAGUCUGAGAAGAAGAAGCUUAAGAAGAAGCAAGCCGACGCGGAGGAGGCUGGUUCGGAUUUGGAUGAUACGGAGGUCUACGCUGAAGAUGCCCGUCCAACUGAAAAUGACGAGACGGAUAUCUCGUCGUUCAUCGAAGUGUUCCGGACGCGAGGAUUCGUUCUCAAGCCCGAGUCGGUGGACAAGUCGAACAAGAUGUUCGUGAAGAUGGAGUUUGUGAAGCAGGGUGGUGCGCCUAGCAAGGGCAAACAUGCAUCGGUCACUGGUGCCGGCGCCGGUGCCGGAAAGAAAAAGUUCAUUGAGAAGCCGCAAGAGCUGGACUUGUCCCCUGAAGAGGAGGCUAGCACUCUUAAACCCUGUGUCUAUAAACUUCGGUAG